AUGUCGUUCAUUACCCAUCUCAAUCUGAGAGCACUUCUUAGAGCGGGUUACUUGAAUGAGACACACCGCAUUCUUCUUACUGCACAAAAGCUUCCAGUAGACUCUUCUGUACAUCUUCAUCUAUUGCAGACCUUCAUUGCCAGCAAUACUUUUUCGGAGGGUAAUCAAAUCCACUCUGACAUUAAUGACAGAGGAUACACGUUUGCCGCACGCACUUUGUUGCAAAAUACCCUUAUCAACAUGUAUGACAAAUGCGGAAAUUUGGUGGAUGCUUGGAAAGUUUUCGACCACAUGGCUGAACUAAAUGUCUUCUCAUGGAAUAUGAUCAUUGCAGCAUAUGGAAGACACGGGUUACCUCAAGUGGCAUUGACACUGUUCCGGAGAAUGCAGCUAACAGGUGUUCAACCCAAUCAGUUCACUUUUGCCAACAUUCUCCCUUCGUGUUCCAAAACUGGAGCUUUGGAACAGGGUAUGGAGAUCCAUCAAAGAAUAAUGGAAGGAUAUACACAAAAUGGGCUCGAUGAAAAUGCCUUGGAGAUUUUUAAGCAAAUGCAAGUGGCCGGUGUAAAGCCAAACUCGACUACCUUUGCCAGCAUCGUCCCAGCUUGUGCUCAACUUAGACUUUUGAAACAGGGCAUGGCGCUUCACCAAAGAAUAAUCGAAAGUGGACUUUUGGUAGAUGUUGUAGUGGUGACUGCCCUUAUAGACAUGUAUGCAAAAUGUGGAAGCAUACAGAAGGCACACAAAUUGUUUGAUAAAAUGCCCCAACAAAAUGUAGUCACAUGGACUGCAGUCAUUGCUGGCUAUACACAAAAUGGGCUUGUUGAGAAAGCCUUGGAGACUUUUAUGCAAAUGCAAUUGACAGGUAUAGUACCAGACUCAUCAACUUAUUCCAGCAUCCUACCGGCUUGUGCCAAACUUGGAGUUUUGGAGCAGGGUAUACAGAUUCAUCAAAGAAUAGUUGAAAGUGGAUUUUUGUUAGAUGUUGUAAUUGGGAAUUCUUUGAUAGACAUGUAUGCAAAAUGUGGAAGCAUACAAAAGGCACGCCAGGUGUUUGACAAAAUGCAUAAUGCAAACUUGGUCUCAUGGACUGUAAUGGUUGCAGGAUAUGCAAUGCAUGGCUGUAGUAAGGAUGCCCUCAAUCUCUUUGACCUAAUGGAGCACUCUGGGGUCAAACACGAUCAUGUAAGCCUUCUUUGUGUCUUAUUUGCCUGCAGCCAUGCAGGUCUAGUGGAUCAUGGUUGUAGAUACUUCAAUGGCAUGAGUGACACUUAUUUCAUUAUGCCUACCAUGAAUCAUUAUAUAUGCAUGGUUGACCUUCUUGGCCGUGCUGGCUUUCUUGAGGAAGCCCUACAGUUUAUCAUCAAAAUGCCUAUAAAACCUGAUGCAGUUGUGUGGAUGUGUUUGCUUGGUACCUGUAGAUCACUGAAGAAUACAGAGAUGGGAGAGUUUGCAGCGACACUUCUUUUUGAGUUAGGUUCUAAAACUUCUGCCCCUUAUGUUCUUCUGUCAAAUAUGUAUGCAGAAUUGGGCAGAUCACACCAACAAAUGCAGGAAGUUUAUGUCAAUUUGGAGAAAUUGUCUUGGGAGAUGCAGCAUGCAGGGUAUAAUCCAGAUGCAAAUAUCGGAACCACAUGUUUUCACUGUAACAAGAUGCAUGGUGUCAAACAUGCAGUUAUAGGAGGAAGUCUGGUCUUAUUCUUAGUUUCCACCGGUUCGAAGAUGUUUUGGAACAGAGGCAGAUGCUUUGAUGUUGUAGAAUGUUUAGUGGUAUGGGACAUCCUCGGCAGGCUUUGGCAGUAUAGAAAAUUGAGUUUUCUGAGCGCUUUAGCCUUCUGUGAUGAAACCGUUGAUUUACAGCAGUCAACAGCACUUGGCAGUCUCAAAACUGUCAGCUUAACAGCACAGCAGGCAAAAAUAAAUUGUCUGCUUCUGGGUUUCAUAGGCUACUUUGGCCUCCUGGCUGGACGUUAUAAAUUUAGGAAGGCAGUUGAAAAACAGUUCGUGUACCUAAUGUUCGCUGUUUAA